UUUAGUCGGGCAAAUUGUGUGGAGAAGCUGAGACGGCACCUGACUUAUUCCAGCAGUUAAGUGCUGUAAGGUGAACAAUUUGGGAAUAUUCUUGAAGAACGACUAGCAAGAAUGCCAUCUGGAAGUGCCGUAAAUAAAGAUCUGCUGGAUGAACGCAGCAAGUGUACAUUUGACAAGAAUGAAUUCACUCUGUGGUGGGUUGGCGGAAAGGAGAAGUUGGAUGCGAAACGCGACAGAGAACACUUCUGCAUGAACCAGCCGGAAUUCCGCGACAGCGUCCCGCUUCACUUUGCCUCCCACCAGGAGGUGUACGAAGAAACGGUCCGCAAGGCCACGGCCAUCUUCUCCAAAACGCGAGAAUUGCUCAAGAAGCAGGGCUACGACGCGAACAACUUUGUCAACUUCAUGGAGAUAAUGUUAGGGGAUGGCUUCAUCCGCGAGGUCAACCCGCUGCGGAUCCACUUUAGCAUGUUCAUACCGUCGAUCAAGGCCCAUGGAAGUGCGGAACAGCAGGACCGGUGGCUCCAGAAGGCGGUCAACUGUGAGAUUAUUGGGUCCUAUGCGCAGACGGAGCUGGGCCAUGGGACGUUUCUGCGGGGGCUCGAAACUACGGCCACGUUUGAUGAAGAGACGGACGAGAUUGUGAUUAAUAGUCCCAGGUUGAGCUCGUACAAGUGGUGGCCGGGGGCGUUGGGUCACACGGUCAACCACUGCAUCGUUAUGGCAAAGCUGUACUCGAAAGGUCGAUAUCAUGGUGUGAAUCCCUUCAUGGUGCAGAUUCGGGACGAAGAAACGCACAUGCCCCUGUCGGGGCUUGAAAUUGGCGAGAUUGGACACAAAGUUGGCUUCAAUGGAGUCAACAACGGGUUUUUGGGAUUUAAAAACUUUCGAAUCCCACGAAGUAACAUGUUGAUGAAGAAUGCAAAGCUACUGCGGGAUGGUACUUACCAGAAGCCGAUAUCGUCGGUGCUGAAUUAUGGAACAAUGGUUUUUGUACGGGUUAUCAUCACUCGGAACAUGGCCCAGCUUUUGGCGAAAGCUGCCACCAUUGCCGUUCGAUAUUCCUGCGUUCGUCGUCAGAGCGUGAUUGAUCCGAACAAGCCGGAGGUUCAAGUUAUUGAUCAUCAAACUCAGCAGGUCAAGCUGCUGCCUCAGAUCGCCAAAGCUAUUGCCCUGAAGCUGAGUGCGGACAACCUGUGGGAGAUGUACGAAGCGACUCAGGUAGAUUUGGAGACGGGUAAUACGGACCGGCUGCCGGAGUUGCACGCCAUGGCAUGUUGCUUGAAGGCGGUUUCUUCUGCGGAUACCGCGGCUGGGGUUGAGGUCUGUCGACUAUCUUGCGGUGGCCACGGGUAUUUGACUAGUGCGAACUUUUUGAGCAUGUACGGGUUGGCAACAGCUGCGGUUACGUACGAGGGUGAAAAUACCGUUUUGUACUUGCAGACUGCCAGAUACCUCGUCAAAGUCUGGAACCAGGCCCUGGAGGGUCAACAGCUGAUGCCAACGGUUCGCUACUUGGAACAGUACGCCACGAAGCCCGUCAAACGCUUCGCCUGGAGUGACUCGAUCCCAGUGAUCAUCGCAGCGUUCCAAGCGGUUACCGCCAACCGACUUCGUCUGGCCAACGAGCACAUCCAGCAGCGCGUAAAGGCCGGUCGUACGCCGCAAGAAGCCACCAACGAAACCGGACUGGAGUUGGUGCGUCUCGCGGAGAUUCACUGCCGUGGUUUCAUCUUGCAGUCCGCGUACGCAGCUAUUGAACAGGCUUGCCAGACUGCUUCGCAGCCACUGGGCGAAGUUCUGCGCGAGAUUUGUCGGCUUGUGGUGUACGACGAGGCUCUGCGGAUCACCGGCGAUCUGUUGAGGUUCACGACCAUGUCGGACCCGGAUCUGGUCGAGCUGCAGCGCAAGUACGAAGCGUCGCUCGGGGCCAUCCGCCCGAAUGCGGUGUCCAUCGUGGACGCGUUCGACUAUCCGGACUUUAUCCUCGGCUCGACGCUGGGCGCGUACGACGGGAACGUGUACGAGCGGCUGUUUGAGGACGCGAUGAAGAGUCCGCUGAACCAGGAGCCGGUCAACAGGACGUUCGAGCUGUACCUGAAGCCGUUCAUGAGGGGCAAGUUGUAGGAUUUUCGAAGAAUGUGAAAACAACUUUCGAUUGAUUUUUUUUAAUUAACCUGGUUUUCUUUAUUAUUAAACAUUAAUAAUGCAGAAGAUACAAAUAAUAAAAAAAAAGUUCGUAAUAUUUUCUUAAUGCAGAGAAACAAUGCUACACAAUUCAGUUAAAACGAAUCUUUAAAUAGAUUUCCAAAGAUUUGCAAGUAAAAUACUAAUAGGUUUGCCGCAGCGUUUGUUUUCUUUUUUUGUGUUUAGUUUGAUUUAGCUUACAACUUAAUCCGUACAUUGUGACUCCGUUUCUUCGCUACAAAAAACUUUGCUAUCUGCGCUAGCCGAGACAGACUUUAAACUUCAAACUGACUCCAAGUAACAAUACACGUUCAACACACAAGUUGCUCUAAAACAUGAAAGAAUGAUGAAACUUUUAGA